AUGAAUUUUCACCCAAUCUUGAGUUUUUCAGAAGAAGACAAGAUCAGAACCACCCAGCCCCAUGAUAAUGCGCUGUUGAUCACUCUCAGAAUCAGGGACUACGAUGUGAAAAGAGUCAUGGUGGAUGGUGCCAGUGGGGCCGAGGUUAUGUACCCCGACCUCUGCAAGGGGUUGAGGUUAAAACCGGAAGAUUUGAUGCCCUAUAACUCUCCUUUGAUGAGCUUCGACGGGAAGCUUGUCAUUCCAAAAGGCAUGAUUAGGCUACCUAUCCAGACUUGCCCAGAGAUAGUGGAGGUGAACUUUAUCGUGGUGGACACCUACUCUCCCUAUACAGCCAUCGUCGGUAGACCCUGGCUCCAUACCUUAGGGGCUGUUGCUUCCUCAUUGCAUCAGAAGGUGAAAUUCCCGUCAAGGGACCAGGUUCUCGAAAUCUGUGGUUGCCAAUCCACGGCAAGGCAGUGUGUGGUGGCUGCCAUCUCACAUCGACUCGAUGCGGAGUCCUCGACCUCUGCUGAAAAGAAUUUAUAG